AUGGCAAAUACAAAGUAUAAUCCUCCAAUCCCAAGGGAGAUCGAAGUGACUGUGGGGAAAGGUGUGGCAGCUACGUUAGCCAUUCCACCAGGUCUUGAUUCUCAAAAUGCAUUUGCUGAAAAUUUAGCCCCAGCAACACAUAAAGCUGCUUUGAUUUUACAUGGUCAAGGAGGUCACAGAAACUAUUGUUACCAGAAAACAUUGGCCCAUAGACUUGCAAGUGAACUAGGCAUUUUUUCAUUAAGAAUAGACUUCAGAGGUUGUGGUAAUAGUGCUGAGAAUGAGAAUGAAUUAGAGGGCCGUACAUUGGCUCAAGAUGUGGAUGAUAUUCAAGCAUGUGCUGAAUUCUUGACAGAUGGGAAAUUAAAUGGUUUAGGAAUUGAUUUGACUUUAUCCUCUGUCAUUUCUCAUUCUCGUGGGGCAGUUGCAAUGUUCUUAUGGGCACAAAUUCAGGACAAGUUAAGUAAACAGGGUGAUACAACAGCAAUAGUGGUUCCUAAUUUAAUUAACUGUUCGUCAAGAUUUACUAGUCCUACUGUCUUGGAUAGAUAUUCCAGUUUUGCAGAUAUGGAUUUUGUCCCAGUUACAACUUUUAGACAUGGUGAAUAUAAGCAAAUCCAAUUAUCUGCAAGAGAAAUAAUUUCUUUAUCAAAACCUGACUUGACUUCGUUGAAUGAAUUGUCUCGUGAUUGGUCCGUUUUGAGUAUCUAUGGUACUGAAGAUGAAAUAAUUCCAAAAUAUGAUUGUGCUAAUUUUGCAAACACAUUGAACAGAGGACCAUUUUCCCAUACAUUGAGAUUGAUUCCUGAUGCUGAUCACAAUUUUUAUGGCCACACUGAAAUUGCUAAGGACUCGGAAAUGAGUGAAAUCAAUCCAUAUGAUUUACCGUUAAAAGGUGGCAAAAGAGUUAAUUACAAUUUCCUCGUAACUGAUUAUAUAAUAGAAUAUUUAUCGCCAGCAAAAGAGUUGGAAAGAUUCAUAAGCACAAGUAAAGAUAUUGGCAGAGUGUCAAGAUGGAAGAACAUUGAAGGUGUAAGCAAUUUUAGGGAUAUUGGAGGUUGGAGAGUUCAUAGUCCAACAUUCAAGUUGGGUGAUUCAAAGAAAUCAUUUGUCUUGGUUGGCUCUGAUUCUCAUUCCCCUUCAGACAAUUUAGUUUAUUAUGUGAGACCACAUUUUGCUUUCCGUUGUGCCAAUGUUGCUGGGUUGACUUCAAACGGUUUGAAAACUUUGCAGCAAUUAGGUGUAGCUGCAAUUUUUGAUUUAAGAUCAGAUGGUGAAGUAGAACUGGAUGGUUACCCUGCCAAUUUAUCUGACUAUGGAAUCAAGAGAAUACAUGCGCCUGUUUUCACUAAUGAUGAUUAUUCUCCACAGGCUAUCGCCAUUAGAUACACUAACCUCAUGACAUGUUGGUCAACCUAUGUCAAUGUUUAUGAAGAUAUGUUGGAAUUGGGAACACUGGCCUACAAGACUAUCUUUGAAUAUAUCAGGGAUGAGAAUAAACCCUUUGUAUUCCACUGUACAGCAGGUAAAGACCGUACAGGUAUUUUAGGGAUGUUGAUCUUGUUAUUGUCAGGAGUUGACAAAAACACUAUUGCUAAGGAAUAUGAACUAACCACCGUUGGAUUAAAACCAGAUCAUCCAAUAUUAAAGGGUAAAUUUGUCAAUACUGUUCAAAAAUUGAAAGAAAAACUAGGCGAAGAUGCCAAUGAUAUUGAACUGGUUAUAUCUCAAGGUAGAAAAGGUUGGUCUAUUGAAGAAGACGGUUUUAACAACUUGAUUAGUUCUAGGUAUGAAGCUAUGUUGGCAACAAUUGCUUUAUUCCAUCAAAAGUAUGGAAACAUUGUUAAUUACUUGAAGGAUAAGUUAGGAUUCUCCAGUUCAGACAUUAUAAAGAUUUAUGAAAAUUUAGUAAUUGUGGAUCCACAAAAUAUUGGUUUUGAAGUUAGUUCACCAGUAAAUUGGGAUCACAGAACUUCUAGUAAAGCAAAGUUUUAG